AUGCCCGAAUCAUCGACCGACUUUCUAUCUGUAGCUGUAGGGCUCUUUAUUCUCGUCCUCCUCAAGAAGAUAUUCGACUCCUGGAAGACGACGAAGGGGCCGUACCCCCCAGGCCCAAAGCCCAAGUUUCUUAUCGGCAACGCACUGGACUUCCCGAUGAACGGCAUCGGGCAGCAUUUCAUGAAGGUUGGAGAACAGCUCCAAAGCGGCUUGGUUCAUCUGAACAUCCUCGGGAACCACACCCUCUUCAUAAAUAAGAAAAACAUCGCCGAUGACCUACUGGAGAAGCGUGCGAGGAUCUACUCUGGGAGGCCUCACCUCACGGCCGUCGAAGCGUUAGGCUGGGAUACGAGCAAUAUCUUGAUAAUGGGCUACGGCGACGAGUGGAGGAAGCACCGCAAGGUCGCCCAGCAGCACCUCAACAAGCGGCAGACACGCACGUACGAGCACAUCCAGCUGCGCCACCUUCACAAGAUGCUGCACCGGCUCCUCUACUCCCCCGAGGACUUUCUACAGCACACCGAAGUGCUUUCGACCGCGGUCGUCAUGGACAUAAUGUACGGAUACCAGAUUGACCGACACGACGACCCCGCCAAUGUUGCAGCGGAGAAGAUGGUUGCCCUGGCUGUAUCUCUCAUGUUGCCCGGCGGGGCGCUGAUGAACAUCCUGCCAUUCCUUAGGCAUCUCCCGGCAUGGAUCCCCGGAAACAUUGCAGGGAAGGGGGUGAAAGACUGUCUUGUUUGGAUGCACGAGAUGCGGGACAUCCCAAUGGCGGAUUUGAGGAAACGAAUGGACCAGGGCAUGGCGACGCAUUCCGCCGUCUCAGCGUGCUUGGAGAAGAAUGCAGCCUCGGCGGUCGAUACAGAUCCGGACGCAGAGCGGGUUAUGUGCAACAUUGCAUGGGCAUCGUACACAGCCGCGGUGGAGACCACCGUUUCCGCGACGGGCUGGUUUUUUUACGCCAUGCUCUUGCAUCCUCGAGUCCAAAGGAAAGCCCAAGCAGAAAUCGACAGCAUUAUUGGUGCUGGCCGUCUGCCCACCUUUGCGGACCGACCAUCCCUGCCGUAUAUCGAGGCGAUCUACCGCGAGGUGAUGCGGUACGCCCCACCGCUUUACGUCGGUUUUACGCAUUCCUCGACGGAGGACGAUUGGUAUGAUGGGUACUUUAUACCGAAGGGUACAUCCGUGUUUGCGAAUUUGUGGGCGAUGACGCACAAUGAGGGUGUUUAUCCUGACGCUGAUACGUUCAACCCCGAAAGAUUUUUGGACGAGCACGGGGAGCUCAACGACGAUGACAAUAUUCUGGCGUAUGGAUUCGGUCGGAGAGCCUGUGUUGGAAAACACGUUGCAAGUGCCACGAUGUGGAUCACCAUCGUGUCAGUGCUCGCCUGCUUCAUGAUAGAACACCCCAAAGAUGAACAAGGGAACGAGAUCGAGGUGGACAACGAAUGCGAGUAUUUGGGUCUAGUCAUGCGCAAGAAACCGUUCAAAUGUCGCUUCGUUCCUAGAUCCGAGGGUGCACGGAGGCUCGUUGAGGAAGCCACAUUGGACGUAGGGACUAGUCAAACUCAUUUCCUCUGA